AUGGCUGAUUCCCAAGUCAGUCAACCUCCCCGACGGAGUCGUGGCUUCAGUGUGAAAUCUGAAAAGUCUCACAAGUCGGGCAACUCGGGUCACAAAUCGCAACUGUCAGAAUCCUCCGAGGAAAAGCACCGGCGCAAUCUACAAACCAAGGCCGAUCCCACUGUCGCCAUGAACGAGCUGCAGCCUAUGGCCGUCGCCCUGGAAAAGUCAAAUUUGGGCUCUCUUCGUGAAAUGGAACACAAGGAUCAAUUCGGCAACGUUAUCACCGAUCCCGACUGGUCAAACCCAACCCGACCUCGCUUUGAGCGACCGCUCGAUACUAUCAAAUCAUUUGAAGCUGCCAUCUACGGUACCUACAACAGUAAUCGCCAUUCUUACAUCAAAACCGAUGAGGCCGCCUCACAAAUGGGCGACCACAGCCGCCGCACAAGUUAUCAAGGACAAAAUGGCCAUUCGAACCGCGGAUACGACCAAAACGCCAACUACAGUCGCACCGGCCCCUCACGCCCAGACAGCGUAACUGACAACUACGGUCAAGAGAACCAGAACCCAUACCAGAAUCGCCGCCAACGACAGCCUCGACGCACAGAUAGUGAUCAAGCUGGUUACAAUGGUUAUCAAUCCAAAGACCCUUACGGUCAAGGCAACGAACCCAAUUCCGUGAACAACUCCAUGGAUCAAUUGUCGCAGUAUGCUCAGCAGCAGCGCGCCGAUGGGGGUUAUAAUGGUCAAUCUUCGAUGGGUAACUCGUGGGGUCCUACGCAGCAGGCACAGGGACAAGGACCGCCAGUCAUGCGCAUGACGAAGACUGCCAAUACCGCGAUUGUGGCGCCUCCCGAGAAGACGAAGGGCUGGUUCAAGAGACGAUUUAGCAAGCAGUAG